AUGGAUACGCAAAGCAGAGCUCUCCAAAGCAUUCGAGAGUUCCUGCAAAGCAAAACAAGCUACGAUGUGCUGCCAGUUAGUUUCAAGAUCGUCAUGCUUGACACAAAGCUCACAUUGAAGGGCACGCUUCUUACACUCCUGCAAAACGGCAUCAUAUCCGCUCCGUUAUGGGACUCCAACCAGUCAAGAUUUGCCGGCUUGCUCAGUUCCCAGGACUUUAUGAACGUUGCUCAAUAUUUAAUUGACCGUCCAGAGAAGGCUGAAGAAAUCAACACGAUCACACUUGACCAGCUUGCUGAAAUUGAAAGCACCAUCGGCGCUCGCCAAAUCGAAACAUCCCGCAUUCACCCAUUCAAAAGCCUGUACGAGACUUGCCAACACAUCGUGGAGUCAAAAGCCCACCGAGUGCCAUUAAUAGACACAGAUCCGGAAACAGGGCGCGAAAUCGUUGUUUCUGUCCUCACUCAAUACCGGGUGUUACGGUUUGUUGCUCUGAAUUGUAAAGAAACCCAAGAUCUCAAGAUCCCCAUCAAGGACUUGAAUCUGGCGACUCGCGAGAAUCUACACACCGCCACAAUGGAUACUCAGCUGGCUGAUGUUGUUGGUGCGUUUUCGAAAUACGGCGUGUCGUGUGUGCCAAUUGUAGAUGAGAAUAACAAGCUGCUCAACGUCUACGAAGCUUAUGAUGUUAUGACCCUGAUCAAAGGUAAUGGAUUCUCAGAUUUCUCUCUUUCUAUUGGCAAAGCUCUGAUGCGCCGGCCUCAGGAUUUCGAAGGCGUUAUAACGUGUUCAGAACACGAUUCGGUUGCUCACAUCAUGGAAACAAUCAGACGAUCACGGGUCCUUCGUUUGUGCAUGGUUGACGAAGAAGGUAAGCUGCUAGGUCUAGUUACCUUGGUUGACAUCCUCAAUUAUAUCAUGUUUGGGUAG